AUGACUAAAAGAACUAUUCCCAAUUAUAUAAAACCAUUUUUGAAAAUAUAUCAUCAUAUAACAAAGAAAGAAAAGAAUAUACUCAAUGCAAAAUCAAAUCUAGAUUAUAAACUAUACCAACAACGUAAAUUCAUAUUAAAAGAGAACGCAAAAUUAAUGAGAGGUCAGCAUAGCGAAUUACCAUUUACUCAACCUGUAGAUUUUGGAAUGUUUGAACAUUGGAAAACUAAAGAUUUAUUCAAUAUUAAAAAAGAUGUUAUUCUACCCACGGUACCAGAUAUUCAAACACCACAUAAUAUCCAUCAAAACAUCUUAAUUCAAAUCAUAAAUUCAUGUUUCAGUCCAUUGAAAAGCAUACCUUCAAUUACAUCAUUUCAAAAACCAUAUUUAUAUUAUUUACAAAUGAUACGGCAUUCGAAAAUAAUGAUAAUUUUUAAAAGACAAGAGAGGUCGUUUACUCCAAGUAUGUUUGUUGAUAUUGGAUCUAGAGUGUUGAAACCUGAUGUAUUGAAAUUGGCAUUAAAGACAACUAUAUUUCAAGAUAUGUCAAAUUUCGAAAUUCUUGAAAAAAUAUCACAUAAUGAUGGCAAAAUAUGGGAAGAAAUUAAUCUGACGAGAGAUGAUCUAGUAGAUAAUAUUAAAGAAAAAGUUGAUGUUGUGAAUAGGGAGAAUCAGUCAGUGCCAGAUAUGAAUCCAAAAGAAACGAAUACAUUUUUCAAAAAAUUGCGAAAUGAUAAAGUUGAAAUUGAGGAUGUUCCUCAUGAUUUAGAAUUCAAUACGUUUUAUACACUUGAUAUUAAACGAUUAGACGAGGAAUUGAUACUGAAACUAGACUCAUUGGAUAUCGUUGGUGUGAGAUUAUCGAUUCAUGAACCAUUCAUACGAAGAAAAUUAACUAGUUUGAUUAAUAGUUUAAACAAGGGUAAUAGUUUUGAUGAGAUGAUUAAAUUAGCUAAAGAAAAGGAUAAGAAAGAUACCGGAUUUGAUUUGUUUAUAAGGAAAUUGGCUGCAAAAAAUUUGAUCCAUGUUAAAUUCAAUAAAUUAAAAAAUGCAAUAUAUUUGUUAAAAUAA